AUGUGUGCUGGCUCAGCCAAGGCUGGAAAGCGCAAGACCUUUCAGCCCAAUGACAUUGACCCUUCCUUGAAAUUGGUGAGGUCAGCCUCUGCAAGCUUGGCAAAGCUCACUGGGCAGCCCCGCGCAGUCGCACGUGCUGCCCUGGAUGCACUCAAUGAGGAUGCAGACCAAGCUUGCCGUUUGCUGCUGAGCGGUCUGGCGCUGGCUCUGCUGGACACCUGUGAAGUGGAGGAGCUGAAGCCAGGAAUUUAUGCAUACCUGGCCGAUGAUGGAGAGAAAGAGACUGAGAGACCGAAGCUCCUGUCACAAGGUGCUUUUGCUGGUUGCUUCCUCCUGCGCACUGACAAGUCUCGCAAGGAGCCCUUGCGGCUUUUUGCUUUGGAGCCUGUGGAUGUUUGCCUCUUGUCGCAAGUGUCGCAAGUACCGCAGAAUGAAGCGCACCCAGAGGGAUGGGCAGAACUGGAAUACACAGAAGCACCAGAGGUCGAAGGUUUCGGGAAGGACGUGGUGAUUCACUCGUGUUCCUUCGAUCCUGGACUUGUGCAAGUACCACUUGAGGGGAACGAAAUUGUUCUGGUUCGUGUGGUAAAGAAGGCAGCUGUCGUGGCACCUCGAAACUCGCUGUCAUCUCGCAGGCGACAAGCGCCUGACCAGCCUUCCAAGCGCUUAUGCCUGGCCAAGCGGCCUCGCGUUCGCUACCAACGGCUGGAGCUCAUCGGUACAGGCACCUUCGGCAAAGUCUUCCUAGCGCAACGACUGCACGAAAGCGGCGACAAAGACCAGGAAUCCGAACGUGAUGGCGAUGCGAUGUGCAAGGUCGCUGUGAAGCAAGUGCCAUUCGAAGAUCACAAAACCCGAGAGAUCACCUUGCUAGAGAACAUCCGCCACUCCUGCAUUGUUGGCCUUUUGGACAGUUUCUUGGAAAAGGAUGAGAAUGAUACCGAGAUGUUAUGCAUGGUGCUGGAGUACAUGCCCCAGAAUCUCCAUCAAAAAAUUGGUGGCCAACCGCUCAGUGUUCCCGAUGUGCGUUGCUUCUCCUUUCAGCUACUACGGGCACUGGCACAUUUGGAUGGUUUGCAAAUCGUACAUAGGGACUUGAAACCAGUCUUGACCGACGAGCCUUCGUGCAGCUAUAUUUGCUCGCGCUGGUGGCGAGCCCCGGAGCUCAUCUUCGGAGCAACGCGUUACAGCACAAGCAUUGAUUGGUGGUCCUGUGGUUGCAUAACAGCAGAGAUGAUGCUUGGCAAGCCCCUUUUCACUGGCGAAUCCAGUUGGGGACAGAUGUACGAGAUCAUCCGGGCUUUGGGAACCCCCUCUCUUGACCAGCUGCGGGCAAUGCAGGCAGGCAGCGAUGGGCGGCUUGCUGGACACUUCACGAAAUUGGCGGAGCUACAGCGACCAUCAAAGGCUUGGGAGGACCUGCUACCUGCUUUUGCGCAUGAACAGCAGGCACUCGAGAUUCCAGCUGCUCUGCUUCGUUUUGAUCCAUCCAAAAGGCAACACCCUGUGCGGCUGUUGAGGAACAGCUUCUUCGGUGCUUUGUUGGAAGAUUCAGAGCCUCUUCCUCCGAAUCUUUUCGACUUCAGUGAGCAAGAGCUGAGUUCCAAUGGUGCUCGGCGACACCUAAAAGCUUUGCAACGAAAGGCUCAAAUGGCACUAAACGAAGCUACAAAUGCCAACGGUGUCAUAGAGCUGGAUCCUGAGCCCGAUCCAAAGCGCCGCCGGGUUGUCCGAUUUGAUUCUGAUCCUGAACCCAUUUGUGUCAGGUUGAUCUCUGAGGACCUCAGCGACAUCCCAUGA